GCACAACAGUACAGCUUCUCCUUCACGCCAUUCCUGCAAAAGACAUACCAGCACAGCCUGGCCUCCGACCGCCCAAUCUGCAAGGCGUAUGCGAGCGGGUCGUGUCCGCUCAAGGGCAAAUGCCCCGACCGACACGUGGCCCCGUCGAUCCCCCCCUCCAGCGCCAACAACGCCAACAGCUACCAACCCUCCGGCGGCUUCGGGUCACUCGUAUGCAAGCACUGGCUGCGGGGCCUCUGCAAGAAGGGCGAAGGCUGCGAGUUCCUGCACGAGUACAACCUGCGCAAGAUGCCUGAGUGCAACUUCUUUGUGCGCAACGGCUUCUGCAGCAACGGCGACGAGUGUUUGUACUUGCACAUCGACCCGCAGUCCAAGCUGCCGCCGUGCCCGCACUACGACCGCGGCUUCUGCCCGCUGGGCCCGCGCUGCGACAAGAAGCACGUGCGCCGCGCCCAGCUGUGCGCGUACUACCUGGCGGGCUUCUGCCCGUUCGGCCGCGCGUGCAAGGAGGGCGCGCACCCCCGCUGGACCGCCGACAAGGACAUGGAGCGGCCGCACGCGCGCGACGACACCGCCAAGGCUACCGCCGAGGAAGCCGCUGCUACCGCGGCUGCGACUGCGGCUGCUGCGGCGGAUGCGUCGGCAGAGAUGGGUGGUGGUGGCGGGGACGAGCAUGGGCAAUACCAGUAUAACAACAACCAGCAGCAGCAGUACCAGCAGGGCAUGCAGGACCGCGGUGAUAAUAUGCACGACGGCGGCCGGGGCAACAGCGGCGCUGCCAAUGCGGGCCGGGAUAGGGACGGCAGCGGCGGCAGCGGCCACGAGCGCGGGGGCCAUAAGGACCGCUUCGGCAACCGAGGCGGGCGGUGGAGAGGCAAGGGGGGGCGGUUCAGGGGGAGAGGAGGA